AUGAGUAUAAACCAUUACGAGGUGCUGGAGAUUUCCAGAAAUGCAACCGAUGCUGAGAUCAAAAAAUCCUACCGACGGCUGGCGCUGAAGUACCAUCCAGACAAGAACAAAAGUGCCUCGGCGGAGGAAAAAUUCAAGCAGAUAAACGAUAGCUAUGGCGUUCUGUCAGAUCCCGUCAAGAAAGCCGAGUUUGAUAAAACUUAUACGCCACGAACCACGCACAGCUACUCGUUUACUCCAAAGGCCUCGAAACAACCGUCAGCGUACGACGAGUACGAGCGAGCAAGACGACAGUUUGAAGAGUUCAAGAAGAGACAACAGCAGGAGCGGAAGGCACGUGAGGAGGCCCAUAGAAAACAGGCGGACGACUGGGCCAACAAGUGGAAUUACACAGAUAGUUUUUACCAUUACAGUAGAUAUUCGUCCGACCGUCAUGAAACACACAGAAAAUAUACUCAGGAAAGCCAUUCCACGAACGGUUCCAGCGGGUGGCGGAAAACCAGCUCGUCCUAUUCGUUCACUCCCGGAGAGAAGACGUACCCCGGAUCGAUGCCAAAGACCGAAAAGCCAAGCAAAUGGACGGACAAGGAGCAAAAACCGCGAAUGAGCACAGAUUUUGCGGAUAUUCUUAAAGAUUUCAGUACUCCCGAGUUUAAAUUCGAAGACAGCACCGGUCCCAAAACUGCCUCGUUUAAUGGAACUCCCGAAGACCCCAUAAUACUCGACAGUGGGACGAAAGAAGAUCCCAUUGUGGUGGACGAUCCACCUUCGCGUACACAUAGCCCCAAAAAGCCCAAGCAGCGAUUUUGGAAGCCUGGCUCGCAUCAACGAUUCACAAAUAGAACAGCUAUGGAGGAGGAGGGAGAACAGAGAGCGCAUAAGGCACAGAUGGAAGACCCCGACGACGAGAAGUUCAAAAUACAUGUCGACAAUGUUCCUCCUUUCACUCAGACAAACGGCAAUUUCAACAUGUCAGCCAUGGGAGAAAGUCUUGGGGUGGACGCUGACAUGAGUGUGGACGAGGAAAAGGACAUGCAGUCCGAGGAACCUGAUGCAAAUGUGCCUUCUAUUACAUUAUCAGAUCUCCAGUGCAACGAAGCAGAUAUAGUCCACAUUUCUCCGCCACCUUUCCCCGAAUUCGGGCUGGCCACACGCGAGCAACUACAACACCGCAUGCAAGAAUACUUGAUUCAGGUUUUCAAUUACCAGCAUUUAAUGGCCAAAUACCACCAGGCACGACAGGAAGCCAACGCUAAGUGUCUGGACCGAAUAGUGGCAAACAAGGCCAAUUUCCAGACGUAUUUGCAAAGUUUCCGCUUUGAUGAGGUGCUAAACACUGCGCACACGCAGUUUCUGCUAGGACACGCAGAGGUGUUGCAACGCUACGAGCUCGAACUGUCCAAGUACGCCUGA